AUGAACACCCCUCCGGACCUGGACUCGCGUCCAGCAAAGCGCGCGAGAACGGAAGACGAGUCAGAGCCCGUCGUCUGUUGCGAAGAGCUCUGGUACGACGACGGCAACCUCGUCCUCCAGGCGGAGCGAACGCAGUUUCGCGUCCACAGGAGCAUACUAUGCAAGCAGUCCAUCGUCUUCAGAGACAUGAAGGAGGCGUCUUGCACGUCCGCUGCUGGCUCUGCCAACGUGGAUGGAUGCCCCGUAGUCGAGCUCCAGGACUCGGCGGAGGCGAUACGAUAUAUGCUUCGAUGCAUGUACGACACCGGGAUCCUGGAACGUCCCCCGACCAAUACAGAGAUACUGUUGGCACUGCGCAUGGGUCACAAAUACCUGAUCUCGACUCUAUUCGAAUACGCCGCAAGCUACAUGCAUCGCCUUUUCCCAUCGCAUCUCGCCGAUUACGAGGCAGACGGCAGUCUCUUCAGUUCAGCUGACAGAGACCCCUUCGAGUUCCUCGCCAUCGCCCGCUCCACUGGUCUGGAAACAGUCAUUCCCGCACUUUGUCUUUCGUAUCUCAGGGACCUUGACCCUGGUGACCUCGCCAAGAGCGUGAAAGACCACACGCUCAGCCCAGAGGAUGGCUUCAUGCUGCUCUUCGCUCGCAACAAGAUCCUUGAUUGCACUUUACUAUAUUGCUUUAAAUGGGCCCUAGAUCAGCACCGACAUCCUCGUUGCGUAUCCGUCGCUGCGUGCGACCAAGAGUGCUUGGUGUUUCGCGACAGAGUCUCCGAUGAAACUUACCUAGAAGCGGCCAUCGACCUCGAGCACGGUUUUCUGGCACCCUGGGAUGACCUUGCUCUGCAAGUGAAACUAUGUCCAGCUUGCAAAAGGAAGGCAGAGCGGAUGCACGAGGAAGGCCGAGGAAAAUUUUGGAAGGAUCUGCCGUCGUUCUUCGGCCUCAAACCAUGGGAGGAGUUGCAUGACUUUGCCAUAGAGUAG